GCGUGUGACUGUCAGAUCGUCAUUGGGUCAUUAACAUCUGGAGCAGAGAGGACAGCCGUCCUGUUUACACAUUGUUAAUGACAGAGAGGACCUUAUGACCAGAUAGAGGAAAGUGGGGGGGUGGAACUGAGACAGUUGAACAUUCAGCAUUCUGACCAAAGAGCCAACAGAAAUAAAGGACAGACAUGAAUUAGUUUGAGAAUUAUUCACAAUAUCCUUUAUUGGACACCAAGAAGACCUUGCAGUCAUGUCGGACAGUACGGGGGGCUGACCGGGAAAUUGGACACCAGUUAUUCAGGAGCUGAGAGAAAUGACCUCCUUCAAAGGGAACUUUGUCAGGAUUACUUUUAUAACAUUAAGUUACUUGUCCUGUACUUCUGCCUCAUAUAACCCUCACAGAACAGAACCAGGAACACUAAAGAAGCUUCAGUAUCUCCUUGAGCCACCUGUGCAGGUCGAGGUGGCCGGCCGAAGGGGAGAUAAUGUCACCUUGCCUUGCAUCCUCAGAGUCCAACCUAACCACUACAAGAUUAAAUGGACAAAGCUGGAGUCUGAGAACAACGGGCGUCAAAAUAUCAUAAUGAUAUCGAAUGCAAAUGCUUUUAAGCCCUACGGCCUGGUGGGACAGCGGGCUUCUCUCCAGAGGGCUCACACCAUGGACGCCUCCCUGAUGCUUAGGCAUCUUGAGCUGGGAGAUGAUGGCAGGUAUCGGUGUGAGCUGAUAAAUGGCAUCGAAGAUGAGAACAUUCUCAUUACUCUGAGGAUUGAAGGUGUGGUCUUCCCAUAUCAAAGUAAGCAUGGACGUUACAAAUUCAACUUCCAUGAAGCCAAGCAGGCUUGUGCUGAGCAAGAUGGUAAAUUAGCCACCUACAAUCAGCUUUACAAAGCUUGGACUGCAGGGUUGGACUGGUGCAAUGCAGGUUGGAUUCAUGAUGGAACAGUUCAUUAUCCAAUCGUUCAUCCACGACCGGUCUGUGGAGGAGAGUUGCCAGCUGGCAUUCGCAGUUAUGGGCCGAAAAAUAAGGACGAUGAUCGGUUCGAUGCUUUCUGCUUUACAUCUCAGAUAUCGGGCUCCGUCUACUACAUAUCAGGAUCCUUCUCCUAUGACCAGGCAGUGCUGGCCUGCAAGCGUCAGAGAUCAGAGUUGGCUUUGGUCGGCCAGCUUUAUGCUGCCUGGCGUUUCCAAAAAUAUGACCAAUGUAAUGGUGGCUGGCUGAGAGACGGCAGCGUACGAUUUCCCAUCAUCAACCCCAGGAAACACUGUGGAGGCAUCCCAGAGGCAGGGGUCCGCUCCUUUGGAUUCCCAAGCAAAACAACUCACCUCUAUGGAGCUUUUUGCUAUAGAUAACCCAUGUUACAAAGCAAAAGAAAUCAGUUUUUAUAGGACCUUGGCAUCCAAGAUUGAAAAUGGUUAAUAAAGAUAUUAGAAGCUGCUGAAAUAUAUGGUGUAACAAGAAGUAAAGCAAAAUAAGAAGGACAUAAAACAUUUAACAGUACAGAUGAACAAUCAACUUAGCCUCUAACAGCUACUUUACUGUUGCGGAAACCUUCCAGAGUUUCAAUGUAAAAUGUGUUUCUAUCCUUCUUCCUGUGAGUGUAAUAAAGGGGGAUCAAACUUA